UGACAUUCAGUGACGUUCGAAUGGUACGAAAUGGAUACCUCCUCGCUGGUCUUAUCUACCCUUGCGCUAUUCAGCGUCUCCUUGGUAACGCACCGAACGUAAAUGAAAACACAACGCGAAACCACGAACGAAGCACCGUGGCGAUUCGUCGAGACGGGGAAGCACGGCUCGGAAGGAAAAUGUCAUUUCGUGAUUUAAGGAAUUUCACGGAGACGAUGCGAGUCCUCGGCUAUCCUAGACUCAUUUCCGUUGGGAAUUUUCGUUUGCCGAAUUUUCCGCUGGUUGCGGAGAUUCUUGUUUGGCUGGUAAAAAGAUUCGAUCCGGACGCGGAUAUAUCUGGCGAACACAAUACCGAAGAGGAACGUAUCAACUUGAUACGCUCCGUUGCCGAAUUCAUGGCUUUAAAAACGAACGUGAAAUUGAACACGAAGAAGCUGUACCAGGCCGACGGGUACGCCGUGAAAGAAUUGCUGAAAGUGGCCACGUUGCUCUACGAUGCUCAAAGCAACAGCAACAACGACGGCCCGAUGUUGGACGAUGAUUAUAACGCGAUUAAUUUCGACAUCUCCGACAAGAUAAACGAAUUGAAGUCGACCAGACAAUUGGCCAGUCAAUUGACCGUGACUGGCGCGUCGUUGUUCGAUUUACUGGGACGCGAAGUCGAUCUGAGGGAGAUUCGCAAUUCAAAGGUCUCCAGACAGUUCGAUACGUCGGAAAUAGAGGCUGCCUUGAGAGACGUCGUCGGGAACGCGCGGAGGGAGAUCGAAGAUACCAAAAGGCAGAUCGAAAGUGUCAAGGACACGGAACAGAACCUGGACACGAGAAUCGAACGACGACGCGCCGAACUCGAAAGGAAUCAAAAGAGAUUGCAGACACUGAAAAAAGUACGUCCUGCUUUCAUGGAGGAGUUCGAGAAGCUCGAGGUCGAGUCGAGAGCUCUGUACGAGGAUUACGUUCAAAAAUUUCGUUACCUCGCGUAUCUCGAACAUCUGUACGAAGACGCGGCGAAGACUGAGCAAGAGAGAUUCGAAAGACGGCAAGAGGCGACGCGGAAGCAGUUGGAGAAGAUGAGGGCGGAGGACGCGAACUUCGAGAGCAUGAUGGAGGGGAACGAUUCGAUACUGGCCACGAAUCUUCAGGAGCCGCCGCCGCCCCUCGCCGAGACGGAAAAGCGGAACAACAUCGAGAAAACAACGUCGAAUAGUCAAUUGAAAUCGGCUGGACGAUCGUCGAGGAUGCAAAUAUCGAAUCAACGUCGGAUCUACGGCAGUAUGUCGGGACGACAGAGGGGAGCUAUACGGGAAUCGAACGAUAGCGGUGGUUCAAUGGACAGUGACAGCGAUCUGUUGAUCGACGGUGAUCUGGACGACGACGAUGACGACGAUGACGACAUAUUGGACGAUGCGGGAGGAGCGGAGAUCGGGAAUUUUGAUUUGAAGGUCGGACAAGAGAAACGGUCCGUCAGUAAAUUGGAUCACUCGGACGAGGACUUUUAACGGUCGCCGGUGUACGAAAGAGGAACAGUUGGACAAAGUCUAAGAUAUACUGUCCACGUGGUCAUCCUGUCAGCGCGUCCUUUUCGCACAGUAGUUCGUCCGAGUACGUCGAUUAAAGAGCUUAGGAGGUUCCUCGAAAGGAAUAGAGAACGGUCGGAGAACGUACGAUUCCACGUACAUCUCAAACGUUCAUCGUCAAGGGAAUCAAAAUACAUAUCGUCGUCGUGUAAUAUUUAUUAACUUCCGGUGGAGAGCGUCGACUCAGUGGCUCCUCAGCAUCGAUCAUGCGUACACCACUCACGUCGUACGACGUCGUCGCGUGUACGCGAGCCUCGGUGCGUGUACACAUAUAUACAUAGAAUGUACGUGCGCGUAAAAAAUGUGACUUUACGUAAGAAAUAGAAACGGUUCGUCGUGUUCA